UAAGCCCUUUGAAAGGAAAAGUUGAAACUAACCUUAUUUUUUGUUAGCUUGAAACAGAAACGAAAAAGAGGUAUACAAAGCCACAUUGUUUAUCUUUCUUAUCUCAUUCCUUUGUUAUUUAGAUUAGAGAACUUAUUGAGCUUAAUUUUAACCAGUUCUAAGGGAACGAACAAGGAUGAAGAGGUAAAUUUCCAUUUAUAAUCAUUUCUAAAGCACAUCUUGACGUAUCAUUCUAUCUCUAGCGUGAUAGCUUCCAGAUAGCUUCCUUUGUUCCAAAAGAUUGUACUAUUGAAGAGGUUGCUCGUCGUUGUGAAGAAGGAUUCGCGGCCAAGUGCGAAGCACAUACAAGAGAAAUGCAGAGAAAAACGGAAAUGAUUGAUCAAUUGGAGAGCACAGUUCAAGUGCUUGAAAGUAUAAAUUCUCAAAAGGCAGAGAUUUUAGCAAAGCGUGAGGCACAGAUUGAAUUGCUCAAUAAAAAGCUGCAUGAAAAAUCAACUACAAGCGUACAACAUCUUAUGGCUGCCUUUCACAAAGCAGGCGUUGAUCAACCGCAAGUGCAACGCGCAUUAGAAACAUUAUUUCUUUCUGUGCACCCAGAAGACAUUAACAAAUCCAAGGAAAUUAUCACGCAAAGUAUUAUUCAACAACAGCAAAAGCAACAGCAACAGCAACAAAAAAAGCAAAAAGAGCAGCAAAAAGGACAUGAAAAGGAACAAAAAUUAGAACAACAACUAGAACAACAGGCAAAUGUCCAAGCAGACUCACAGGAAAAGUCUCAGGCAAGCACUCAGACAGACGCACAAGUCAAUAUUCAAACAGACACUCAGGCAGAUUCCCAAGAAAACACACGAGCUAAUUCUCAGACAGAGCAACAGACACAAUCUAUGACAACCCUUUUGGCAGAACAACAGACAAGCCCCCUGGCAAACACUCAGGAAGAACACCAGGCAGAGCAAGCUAUAUAUACCAAACCUAAAGUAUCACCACAAUUAUUUAUAUCCAUACAAGAAGCAUGUACAUACUGUCCGUUACCGGCAUUUACAAUAUACCAACCCAUCGAAAAAUACUCUUGUCCUGACCUGGUUGAGGACGGUAAUACGAGCGAUACCACUGAACAUGGACAUUCUCGUGAAAACUCUUUCUGGGAGGAACAAAGUUAUAAGACGGACAGUGAAGUAGAGGAGAUCGAUAAAGUAUAUUCUCCUUAUGCUGAGCAUAUCCAGCAGACCUUAUUCUACCUUCCAAAUUGGAUUCUUGUUGCAUGGUGUAUUUUCUACCUUCUUCGUUUAUAAAUACCCCCCCUCCCUCCAUUAUCAUUGACAUGUGUAAAAUAGGCAAAUCAUUUCUCCCAUUUUGUUUAAUAAAAGAUGCAUAUAUGUAUACAGUAUUCUAAAUUGUGUAUAUUUUUAUUUAAAGACUUGAUCCACCAACAACAGC